AUGAUAGAACUGACCACGAUGCACAUUCAUAGAUAUAAUGGCGAAUUCCUUCCAGGUGUCCUUGGUACAUCAAAUAUUCCAAAUGUUGCGACAGCUGGAAGUAUUUUGUAUGAUGCAAAUGGACUGAAAAUUUGCAAAGUAAGUGGAAUUGGUAAAGGAAAAUAUGUACCAUAUAAAAAUAUAGAUUUCGAAAAUACUAUGAAAAUAACAAUUCCGUCUGCGGACAGUAUUGAUUCACGUAUAUCUGCUACAGCCACAUCGUCCCAGCGUGCCAUUAGAAAAUCUAACAAUAUCCGUGUAUGUCCUGGCGACGGUUGUACAGCUAGUUUUGAAACCGAGGAAGGACUAAAUAUUUAUAUAGCUCUGAAUCUUCAUACACAGAUGAAUAUAAAGCAUGCAUUGAAUGAUGAUUGA